AUGCAGGCGAUAUGUUUACGACAUGGUGCAUACCUGGCCAACUUUGAGACAUUAGAAGAAUUGAUGUUAAUGAAAUAUGAAUUGAAGAAGAUAAAUACUGGUCAACAUUACUACAUUGGUGGACGUAACGUUAACAGAUAUAAGUCUGGCGGCGAUUGGAGAUGGAUUAAACAUGGAAAGAUGACUAAGAUGACAUACUUUGCAUUCGAUUCCUCAGAACCAAAUGGAUCCUUUUCUUCACCAGAAGAUUGUUUACUUUUCCAUGGAACUCGAGGUUACAUUUCUUCAUAA